AUGACUCAAACCUGGUUUGGGAGAUUCUUAUUGACCCUUUGUGGACCAUUCCUCAUGCUGCGGAGUCACAGUGCAAGUCUCUUGGCUGACAACAAUAACAGAUUUGCUUUGGACCUUUAUCAAACCAUCCAUUCAUCACAGGAGGAAAACAUUAUAUUUUCCCCGCUUGGUGCAAGAUUGGUUUUGGGAAUGGUGCAGAUGGGUGCCAAAGGAAAAGCUCAUCAUCAGAUAAGAAAAGCUCUACGACUUCAGGAAGACUCAAUUGGGGAAGAAUUUUCGUCUCUGAAGUCAUUUCUCUCUGCCAUGCCCCCCAAAAGGCAAGAAUUUACAUUUAAUCUUGCCAAUGCCCUCUACCUUCAGGAAGGAUUCCUGGUGAAGGAACACUAUCUCCAUAGCAACGAGGACUUUUUUCAGAGCGCUGUAAAACUGGUGGAUUUCCAAGAUGCAAAGUCUUGCGCAGAGGCGAUCAGUACCUGGGUGGAAAACAAAACAGAUGGAAAAAUAAAAAACAUGUUUUCAAAUGAAGACUUUGGUCCUCUUACGAGACUUGUGCUGGUGAAUGCCAUUUACUUCAAGGGGAAUUGGAAAAAGAAAUUCAGAGAAGAAGAGACACAUACAAGUGAUUUUACCAUUAAAGAUGGUUCUAUAAUCAAGGUACCAAUGAUGAAGAUGCGACUGAGGACAAAGUUCGGUUAUUUCUCUCACUCACAAAUGAACUACCAGGUCUUGGAAUUGCCUUAUGAAGGGGAUGAGUUUAGUUUAAUUCUCCUGCUUCCAGCUGAAGAUGUGGCCCUUGAGGAAUUAGAAAAAAAUAUUUCUAUGGAUCAGAUGCAAAGCUGGUUUACAAAAAUGCAAGAGGAACACGUGGAAAUAAGCCUUCCCAGGUUCCAAGUAGAGCAAAAACUAGAUUUCAAGGAAUUUUUCAAGGCUCUGAAUAUAACAGAGAUAUUUAGUGGUGGCUGUGACCUUUCUGGAAUCACAGGUGGGCAAGUGCCUGUAAUCAUGAGCCUGGCUUCAAACCAAUUUGUAGUUAAUCGCCCUUUCUUAUUUAUUCUGAAGAAUAAUCCAACAGAAUCAAUUUUGUUUAUGGGAAGGGUGACAAACCCUGAGGCACCAAAGAUGAGGGGAAGAGAUAUGGAUUCACUGUAA